AGAGUGCGAAUCGUCAUCACUGAGCAGAGCGAGCAGAACGAUCAAGACAGAGAAGAGGAAAAAUCGUAGCCAUCUUGUAAUACGUUUUCGUCGGCCUGGUUCGCACCGAUUUCUGUGGAGGAACAUUUUCAUCGAAGAAGAGAUUACGAAUCGCGGUCGCGGAAACAAUCUUCGGUUGAAUUGGUUCUCCUUGCCUUCCGCUUGGGAUCCAUUCCGUUUAUAACGCGGAAUCUGAGUGGAACUGCUUAUUUUCUGCGUUUCGAUCAAGUAGGCAAAGGACCGAAUCCAUACACGGACACAUUCGUUUUUUCGUUUCAGUUUUCUUCCGGUUCUUUUUUCAACUCUACCCCUUUGUGAAUUCCGUGCGUUUUCGUGUGCGUGUGUGCGUGAAUAUCGCAAGAGCCAAUAGGGAACAGCGAAGAAGCAGACGGACUUUUCCCCAUAGAAUAAAAGAGGAACUACACAAGCCAGCAAACAGCCUGGUUCAGAAGUUUCCGGUGGAAAAGCCUUUUUUCUUCAGGAGAAAAAACACCCAAAGCCAGCAGGCUACUACGACACACCGCUAAAGUCGUUCAGAUGGCAUUAAAGAGAAUUAAUAAGGAACUACAAGACCUGGGGAGAGAUCCACCCGCACAAUGCAGUGCUGGACCAGUCGGAGACGAUCUAUUUCACUGGCAGGCAACAAUUAUGGGACCGCCAGACAGUCCGUACCAAGGAGGUGUAUUCUUCUUAACCAUACAUUUCCCUACAGAUUAUCCAUUCAAACCACCUAAAGUGGCUUUUACAACACGCAUAUAUCACCCUAAUAUAAACAGUAAUGGUUCGAUCUGCCUCGACAUUUUACGAUCUCAAUGGUCACCUGCAUUAACUAUAUCGAAAGUGUUGUUGUCGAUUUGCUCUCUGCUAUGUGAUCCAAAUCCAGACGAUCCACUCGUACCAGAGAUUGCUAGAAUAUACAAAACAGACCGGGAAAAAUAUAAUGAGCUUGCGCGGGAGUGGACAAGAAAGUAUGCUAUGUGAUGCGUUCCAGAAAAUAAUCUAGAAAUCAACAAAAACAACAACCAGAGAACCAACCGUAAAUACAGCAAACAACAACCACUUGUAUCAGAAUUGCUACUUGUACUACUCCUUCUACUACUGCUCCAACCAUUGCCACCAAUCCACGAGAUGAUGAUUGGCAAUAAUACUGAUGAACGUUGUAAUGAUCAUGCCGGCAGGAACGGUGGCGAUGGCAAGUUUGGUUGUAGCGGCCGUAGCAGCAGUGAUAGUGUGACUCCCCUUACUUUUACCACCAACACCACUCCCAAUAGUUUCCGCCGUCGAUCCUUUUCCUCCCGUCGUCGUCAACGUCGUCCGCUUACUAUCCGCAACUGUCGUCGUCAUCAGUACAGAGGAGAUCAGGGGCUAGAUGGACGAACCGAAUACCGAAGAGAUGAGCAACAGCAGAAACAAAACAACCAAUAUGCAAAAAAUACGUUUAACAUUAUUUAUUAAUGCAUACCAACAGAAACAAUAUCACGAUAAUCAGCUGGACAUCAAGAACAUCCACAAGAAAAGGAUCCCUGUAACAGUACUGCAGAGAAGUUGGAAAACAAACAAAAACAGUAAAUAAAAAUCUAUUGAUUACUCGUAAAAAAACAACAAUAACCGCUGGAAUAAUCGUUUGGACGACAUAAGUGCGUGUUGGUUCAUCGAACUUUUUUCGAAUCUUUCCGUCUGCAAAUUGAGAAGCAAACAUAUUUGAUCAAACUCUUGAUCUGAUUUUUGUUCUUCUGUGAUCUUUCCCGUUGUCAAUUUCCAUUUAGUUUCUUUUUCACGUGGAAUGCAAGGAUUGUGUGUCGAAUUGUACCACUUUUGUCUCGAUUCAAAGAUGAGUUUUCAAACCACAUUGACACAGUGUGGGCGACUUUCAACAUUUUUCUGAAUUGUUUUUUUUUUGUAUCAAUUUAUUAGGAAAUAUUGCUAAAAUUAUGUAUUGAAUCGGAGAGAGAGGAGAGGUUCAGUGUUACGUAAUAUUUUUUUCAUUUUUGCUAGAAAGUGCUAGAACGUUAAAUCUAAAUCACAUGCGACUAAAAUUGUGGAGAAUUAAGACAAAUAUACUGAAGAAUAAUUUAUUACCUUAUGUUUUUGCUUAGAAAACUACUUGUCGUACUAUAAAGAAACAAAUAAAAGAACAUCAGCAGAUGCAAGUUAAUUAAAUUCUGUCGAGAUACAAGAGUCGUUCAUUGAGCAGCAAGGGGAGAAUGCAGAUAGAUGAAGAUGACCGAGACUCAUGAAGGAAACUCAAUGAAUUAAGUAUAAACAGUAAACAAAUGUCGUGUGGAGUAAACGGCGGAAAAUUGACGAUAAAAGCUGAAAACAACAGAUUAAAAAAAACUAUAAUUAAUUUUUAUUAGUCUUUUUAAUUAGAUUAAUUAUAACUAUUACUGCUACCUUAUUACUAAACACAUGAAAAAAAUAUUACUGGAAGUAAAGCGAAACAAAGAAGAUACAAAAUUCA